GUCUUCGGAAUCUCUGGAGUCGCUCCCCCCACUCUCAGGACUUGAAGUAAAACGCACGUUUCGAUAGUGGUGGGGGCCCUAGUCCCCUGAAAGUGGCCUGAGUAGUAAGGCCCCUCUCCAAACGUCAGGUAUUCCCAACACAUCUGAGAGCCCGCACAACUGAAACUCCACUCGGCUUGUGCUCUUAUACCACCGUGAAUCCUCAGGUGCUCCGAAAUUGCGUUUUAAAUUAUUUUCACUUUACACACCAAUGUUCUAAUGAUUCUCCAACGUCAUGACGACCAAGUGCUCACACAUUGAUCGCAAUGUAACGUGAUAAGACAGUCUUAAUCAUCACCAGUGAAUGAACAAUUGAGUUUUUCCCUGAAGUAACUAGUCAACAAGUGUGAUUGAGACAAGUUUACAGUGGAAACACCAGAAUGAGGUUCAACAUGACAAUGCAUCGCACAGGAUUUAGUGAGUUUAUCAGGAACAUGUGGUGGUUGCUCUUCUUGCUGAGUCUCCAACAGUUCCAGGUCAGUGGCCAACUGUUGGAUACGGACUUCCAGCCGACGGUGACGGCGACUUGCAAAGCUGGAUUCAUGACAAUACGCGUUAAUCUGAAUGAGAGUUUUGUUGGUGCUGUUCAUGCAAAGGACAAAAGGAUGCCACCGUGCAUGGUUGUUGGAAAUGGCUCCAAACAGGCCACUCUCGGGAUUAAUCUUUUAGCGCAGCAGGGAGCACCCGAUUACUGUGGCGUGCAUGUUAAUAACCAUACCGAUGAGAGAUCCCUCCAAAUUGUUGUCAGAAUACACAAGACUCUGGAACUCGCUGAUGACAAGUUCUACGUCAUUACUUGUGGCAAAGCUGGAUUCCCAAAUUCCAAGAACGAGACAUCAACGGUAUCAUUGUCGAUUCUGGAUAAUGAUGGUCGUCGUGUGAAGGAGGCAGUAUUCAGUCACAACUACACACUGCGGGCGGAAAUAUCGCGGCCCGAUGGAUUCUUUGGGAUGAGAGUGAAGUCUUGCUUUGUAUUCAGCGCAACGAGAGAUCCAGUUUACCUCAGCGACGAUCGAGGCUGUCCCACUCUCACCAGGGGAAUCACCAAAUUUACUUAUGAUAAAAAGACAGGAAUAGCAGAUGCUACCAUCAUCACUAUGUUCAAACUUACUGAUCAUGAUCAGGUGCAUCUGCAGUGUAAUGUCGCUGUCUGCAGAGGAAGCUGUGGGGUGCCCGUAUGCGAGGGAGAUCCUCCAUCAUCAAGUCUGAAGGGUAGAGAUGAGCCAGUGGGUGCCGAAGAGAGUUCCCUCCUCGUUGGUACCAGUGUAUUCAUCCUUAUGCCUGGUGAAACGCCUCGUUCACUGGCUGUUGGCACCGAGACGAUCCACCCCUUGUGGCUUUUAUGGCUCGCCAUAGCCUUUGGCAUUCUCUUUUUGAUAAUGCUCAUAAUAAAUAUAUUCCUCUGCUCAGCCAUGUCAUGCAGCUGUGCACGUACGGAAAUAAUUGAGAAAGAGCCAUCGAUAAUCGAAGAUUACGAUCCAUAUCGCAGUUGGCCAGGAUCACAGUAUGGCUCUAGAUACUCCCUGAACGGUAAACCGGGCUAUCCGUCAGGUGGAUCGACGAUGAACUCGACGCGAUCGAUAUCAACAAACAGCGAUCACUAUGCGAUUGUUCACUCACGUCCAGGAAGCAGAUACUCGGGUCCAGGUCACAAGCACCAUCAUCAUCAUCACCGAGGUCCACCCUCUAACAUCGGCUCUCACUACUCAGCAAAAUAAUGCUCCACCCCUUCCCAUUAAAAUCCUCUCAACGAACCCCGAAAAAAAAAAAAGAAGAAACGAGUUAAAUGAAGAAUGAGAAAGUUCAACUUGCUGGUUACACCCAUAGAAUUAAUUCUCUUAGUCAUGAAGAUGAAAUAUUAAAAAAUGUUAAUAACUUGAAGGCAACAGCGAAAAAAAGAACGAAUUAACUAGGUGAUUGAUAAUCACGUGGAAUAAUAGUACUUUGUAUAAUUGAGUCUGUUGAAUAGACUUAAUUUUGUACAUAAAUUUUUAUUGAUUUUGAA